AAAAUGAUGCCCCCUAAAAGAGCUUUAGCCAUCGGAGGAGUGUGCUACGGAAUUGGUGCAUUCUGCAUGAUCAAUUACUACUAUAAGAACAGUUCUCUAAAGAAAAUCUUUGUCAAUGCCGACCGUCAAUACGAACAAGUCAAGGUCGGCCAUCAUGCGUAA